AUGGCGCUCAAGCACACCAGCCGCACCGUCGCCCUCAACACGGGCGACCAGAUGCCCGCCGUCGGCCUGGGAACCUGGCAAUCCAAGCCCCACGAGGUCCAGGCCGCCGUCGAGGCCGCCCUCCGCGCCGGCUACCGCCACAUCGACACGGCCGCCGCGUACGGCAACGAGAAGGAGGUCGGCGCCGGCAUCCGGGCCUCGGGCGUGCCGCGCCGCGACAUAUGGCUGACCACCAAGCUCCGCAACCCGGACCAGACGCGCGUGGCCGACGCGCUCGACCAGAGCUUGCGCGACCUCGGCACCGACCACGUCGACUUGUACCUCGUGCACUGGCCGGCCGCGACGGACCCCGCCGACGGCAUGAAGCUCGUUCCCGGCUGGACCUUUGUCGACACCUGGAGGGAGAUGCAGAAGCUGGUGCGGACGGGCAAGGCGAGGAACAUUGGCGUCUCCAACUUUGCCAUUGCCAACCUCGAGGUGCUGCUGGGGCACGAAAGCUGCGAGAUUGUGCCGGCGGUCAAUCAGAUCGAGCUGCACCCGUGCAACCCGUCCCCCAGACUCGUCGCGUACAACGCCUCCAAGGGCAUCCACAGCACCGGGUACUCGUGCUUGGGGUCUACCGAUUCUCCGCUUUACACCAACGAGACGCUGCUCGGCAUCGCAGAGGCCAAGGGCAGGACGCCUCAGCAGGUGCUCCUCAUGUGGGGGCUGCAGAAGGGCUGGAGCGUGAUCCCCAAGAGCGUCAACCCGGAGAGGAUCGAGGCUAAUUUCCAGCUCGACGGGUGGGAGCUGUCUGGUGACGAGAUGAGGAGCAUUGACGGCAUCGAGGAGCGCUUCAAGGUUUGCACAGACGAUUGGUUGCCCGUCAAGGUGUUUUUUGGGGAUGACGAGUAA